AUGGCGACUGCCGUGGAGAAUAUUGUUCAAGUGUGAGUACAUGCACUUCUCCUUAUUUAAUUGAUAUCCCCGUAUUUCCAAACCAUGGCUAAAUUGGGGUGACUUUAAAAUCGAUAAUCGGAUCUAAGACGGCAUUGUGUAAGACAAAUAGCUCUAACGAACACCUCGUUCAUUCAUUGUUUUCCGUGACAUCAAAGCGCGCUACAACGUGACUUCUUUUAAAAAUUACUUACACCAGUUGGUUGAUGCUUAGAUUGCGUCCAUUGUACACUCCUAUGUACAACUAUGCUUGGAGAACAGUAUUAUAAAGAUGCUUUGGAACAGUGUCACAGUUAUAAUGCCCGGCUGUGUGCUGAGAGGAGUAUCCUCAUGCCCUUCCUGGACUCCCAGACUGGAGUGGCUCAAAGCAAUUGCUACAUCUGGAUGGAAAAGAGACAUAGAAGUGCAGGUACUGCACCAGGACAGCUGUACACAUAUCCUGCACGACGCUGGAGGAAGAAAAGAAGAGCCCAUCCUCCAGAGGAUCCUGCUUUGGUUUUUCCUCCACUCAAAACUGCUGAGAUAGAACUGGGUUUGAAAAAAGAUGUGUUGGCCCCCUUGGACGGGAGUAGUCUGGAAGCCUUACUGAAAGGAGAACCACUGGAUAAAAGAGUAACCACAGAGCUCAGACCUCCAGAGGAAGAAAGCAGUCAGACCGAGAUUACUGGAACCAGUGCGGCUGGCAGCCAUACUAGCUCCACACGUGUUAGGAAGAGAAUCCUUGAGCCGGAUGACUACCUGGAUGAUCUGGAUGAUGAAGAUUUUGAGGAAGAAACUCCAAAAAGACGUGGAAAAGGGAAGUCUAAGGGUCGUGCGGUUGGAAAUGGAAAGAAGAAGAUGGAAGCCGCUGCUGCUGCCCAGGAAGAUCGUGAUAAACCCUAUGCAUGUGAUAUUUGUGGAAAGCGCUACAAGAACAGACCUGGUUUGAGUUAUCAUUAUACUCACUCUCACCUGGCCGAUGAGGAAGGGGAGGACCGAGAUGAACCCGAGAUUCGCCCACCUACACCACGAGAAGAAACGAAGACCCCUAAGAAAGGUCCAAAUGGCCUGGCAUUACCCAAUGACUACUGUGACUUCUGCCUGGGCGAUUCCAACAUGAACCAGAAAACAGGCCAGUCUGAAGAGCUUGUGUCCUGCUCUGACUGUGGACGUUCAGGGCAUCCGUCAUGUCUGCAGUUCACCGCUGUGAUGAUGGCAGCUGUGAAGACUUACCGCUGGCAGUGUAUUGAGUGCAAGUGCUGCAAUGUUUGUGGUACAUCCGAGAACGAUGACCAGCUUCUCUUCUGUGAUGACUGUGAUAGAGGAUAUCACAUGUACUGCCUGAGCCCAGCCAUGUCUGACCCUCCAGAAGGAAGCUGGAGUUGCCACCUGUGUUUGGCUCUUCUGAAGGACAAGGCCUCCAUUUAUCAGAGUCAGAACAACACAAUGGAGUAAGUGAGUAACCAUGACAGUGGUAUAUCCUGAUGAACAUGUAACCCUCACGUACACAAAGAAACACAUCUAUACCGUUGUGACAUUUUACAGUAUGGUGGAUAUGGAAUGGCAUGAAGAGUUGUUGGCCCUUACAUUGCCACUGUUUUAUAUUUCACUGUGACUGUUAAACAUUAUUAACACAUUAUAAACACCGGUUUAAAUGGACCAAGCACACACAGGUCACAAAUAUUUUAUGUACUUCAUGGAUUAUUUGCAACAUUUCCACAUUCCGUUACGUUUGGGGUAAUAGUACAGAUGAUGUUAUUGCAUUGCCAAAUAUUGUUUUCUAUAUUGAUUACUCAAAACACAUUUGUUUACAAAAUGGAAAGAUAUAGCUUGAUCCUUUAAGGAUGUUAUGGAUUUAAAUGUUUACUUGUAUAAGAGGUGUUGUAAUUCUUUCUUGUUAGUUGUUCUUUCAGGAAGUAAUUGUGCCAAGGUCCAGAUAAAAAAACCAGGAGAUGGUGCUUAAUUUUAUUGUUAUUUCAUUUUUGCUAGUUUAUCUGGAUUCAAACAUUUAUCAUUACGUUUUAAUCACACAAAAACACUCUCAUAAGGCGGGUUAUCUUUUGUAGUAGAAUUUUGUAUAUGAUAUAUCCCAUAUCCAUAAUUGAUGAAUAUUCAUAUCGAAUUACUGUGAGUACUGUAUCGGUUUUUGGUAUUUCAUGUUGCUUUGUAUUUGGUAUUGAAUGUAAAUGACGUAUUUUGCUGUCUUUUUUAUUUACAUUUUUCGUAUUACCCUUUCCAUAAUAAACACACAUGUAACAGA